UGGACUGGCACUGCAAUUAUUUGGAAUCUAUAGGCCUAACGUAUAUAUAUUUUUCUUUUUUAAUUAUUUCUUGAUUCCGUGGUUGGUCGACCGUCACUUUGUUUUUUUCUCCAAGAUAUGGACUAUUGGCAUUUCAAUCUAUUCCCGAGACUGAAGAACACAGGUUCUCGUUAAUGAGAGGAAAAGAGACGCAGCCCCCCCUCGACCAUAACCGAGUGAGAAGCCUUUCUUCUCCAGAAUGAGCGCUGGCGGCUCCUCAUACCUGCGGCGGUCGCUGCUGAACGCUCUGUUUGUCUUGGCCUCUUUGCUACCGGGAAGUUGCGCCUGCCCGAAACCAUGCGCGUGUUACGUUCCCAGCGAAGUGCAUUGUACCUUCAGAUACCUGACCGCAAUACCGCGCCAGAUCCAGCCGGCUGUGGAACGAAUUAACCUAGGCUACAACAGCAUAACUGAGCUGAGAGAGAGUGAUCUGUCUGGGCUGGUCCACCUGGAGCUUCUCAUGCUCCACAGCAACACCAUCCACAGCAUCCAAGACAGGGCCUUCCAAGACCUCCGGUCCUUACAGGUCCUGAAGAUGAGCUACAACCAGGUAAAGGAGAUACGCAAGGAGACGUUCAGAGGCCUGCAGAGCCUGAUCAGACUCCACAUGGAUCACAACCGCAUCGAGUUCCUCCACCCCGAGGCCUUCUACGGCCUGACCGCACUGCAGCUGGUUCACCUGGAGGGGAACCUCCUCCAGCAGCUCCACCCUGACACCUUUGUGACCCUGAGACACAGCCAGGUGUUCAAGGUGUCCUCCGUCAGGAACAUCCACCUCUCGGACAACGCGCUCUCCAGCCUCCCUGCCGACGUGUUCUCCGGAUGCGCUCAGUUGGAGAACGUCUUUCUCCAUGGCAACCCAUGGUCAUGUGACUGCCGUAUGGAAUGGUUCCCCGUCUGGGUGCAGAGGAACGCAGGUGUGCUGAAAUGCAAACGGGACAGGAAAUACCCCCGGGGCCAGCUCUGCCCUCUCUGUGACACCCCGACCCCCUCCCAGGGCAGAGUCAUGGCCCAGCUCCCCAGCGAGGCCUUCUCCUGCUCCAAGCCCUGGAUUCAGUCCCAUCUGAAGCUGAGCAACUUCACCCUGGAGGAGGGCGACUACAACUUUGUCUCCUCACGGGACUUCAUCGCCCCCAUCGGGUCCCUCCAUAUGAACCUGACAGACCAGUUCCAGAACGACGCCAGCCUGUCCUGCACCGUCCAGAGGCCCUCAGCCAUGGAGGACCUGGCUUUGACCAUGGAGGAGGAGGGAGAGGCUAAUGUCACCAUGCUAACUGCUAGCAUCUCCACAUAUCUGGUCUGCAACAUCGAUCAUGAACACAUUCAGCCUCUGUGGCGCAUCCUGGCCACCUACAGUGACACGGCCUUGAGGCUGGAGCGGGGCCUGAUGCUGGCCAGGAGCCCGGAGAUGGUGUACCGCUACAGGCAGGUGAGGCCCGACCAGGUGAGGCCCGACCAGGGAGGCGAGGACAUCCAUACUGACGUUGAGGCUGAGGUCAAGGCUUCUCCAGCCUGGCUGAUGCAAGGAGAGGUCAGCUUUCAGCUGGACCGCAGCACAACCACAUUCUCCACCCUGCAUAUAAAGUACCAGUCAGUGGUCAACCUGAGGGUGGAGAGCGGACCCCCAAAGAAGGAUCGCUACAGCUGGACCAUGAUCAGGCGAGACAACCUGACCAAGACGGAACACGCUGUCCUCAUAGGGGGCAUUGUGGAGCUGAAGUGUGUGACCCUGGGGGAGCCCAGGCCCUCAGUGGAGUGGAUCCUGGCGGACGGCACCAAGGUGCGGGCGCCUUACACCAGCGAGGACCACCGCGUGGUGAUCACGGCCGACGGGAGGCUCAUCCUCCGUGGGGCGGACGUCUCAGACUCCGGCCUCUACCGCUGCAUCGCCACCAACUACCUGGACGCCGACAUGCUCAGCUUCCGGGUCACGGUGCUGUCGUCUGACGUGGAGGAGGCAGAGGUGAACGGGGCUCAGCUUGCACGGCCGCUGGGUCAAGGCCUGGUUCUGGACUGCGGGUCCUCAGGAAGCCCCGAGGCCUCCAUCCAGUGGGUUCUACCCGACAACACGGUGCUUGAUAAGUCCCACAAGAACCGGAAGCUGUACGAAAACGGAACCCUGGGGAUCCAGCAGCUGACUGGCCAGGACCGAGGGUUCUACAGGUGCUUGGCAGCCAAUCACCUGGGAGCGGACCUGCUGGUGUCGCAGGUCACCGUGACGGGUCAGGAAUUGCAUGAAGGGGCGGAGGGGGACGGGGAGGGCUCUGGGGUGGAGGUUGAUCCCAGUGUGCAGGAGGAGGCUGGCAUGUCUCUCAGUGAGACGCCCUCUGACAGGACCAGUCAGGAGUCCAGGACUCUCACCUCAGAUCGGCCCUAUCCCAGACACAGGUCCCACGGCAGGGAGUCUGGGGGCAGAAUGGGAGGACGGAGGAAAGGUUCCGGCAGCAGCAGGCGGACUGGGAGCUACAGGAGGGUCUUUGACAAAACCUCCAGGAAAGUGGACCCCCGGAUGUUUGCGGAGUUCAUGAAAAAGGCCCAAAGUGGAACCCUGGCCAAGACUGACAGGGAUGGAAAUGAGUCCGACCCUGGGAUGUCUGGGGACGGGGAGGAAGGCUCUGCGGAGGGUCUACUUCAGGGAGAGCCUGUUAUGCCACUCAGAACCAUCAAGCCAACUAUGGAAAACACUCACGAUAGCACCAUAGCAACAUCGACCGAGGCUGUGAGCACACAGCAAUUCUACAGUCAGACUGAAUCCAUGGCAACCACAGAGAGCAGUCAGAAUCAUGUUACGCCAGACACAGAAAACAGUCAAACCAGUGUCACGGCAACAUUCAGGGAUCCAGACAGCCAUCAGCCGAGCUUUACCACGUCAACGGACACCGCAUACACUCAGACAACAGAGUCGCAAACUCAGUCUGAUGCCACACCCAUCAAGUCUACAUUUACCCUUCCACCGGGGGAUGCCACAAGGAGUGUGAAUGAUGCAGUCACUUCACAUGCCACCAGUCCACACCACAGAGAAGCCAGCGAGAGCUAUGCUCUGGAGAGGAAUACGAGCAGCAAGCGCCCCGUCACCCUCCGCCUCACCGUGACCAACACCUCCGACAUCACCCAGCUCCUGUUCUCAGGAGGCCCCCACACUGACCCCGAAACCUCCACCUCCAUCUCCGGCAGCGGAACCAUCCUGACCUUCCUCACUGACCCCAACGUCACCCCCAUGAUGGACGGCCCUGGGCUCCCCUCGGACCCCAUUGUCCACUCGUCGACGGACCCCGACAGCCAGACCACCUUCACGGCCGUAACGACCACCGAGAGGCAGCAGGAUGAGAUCACCUUCCACACCACCCAGAGAAUCAAGUCCCCACGCCUGCCAGCCGGGUCCACCAUCAUCUCCCGCCAGCAGAUACACAUCAUCCCCCCCAAGAAGGGGGCUCAGGGAGGGGGCCGCAGGAGGGGCCCCGGGAGGAGGAGGAUCAUCAAGCCCAACAGGAUCACUGACAUCCAAUCAUUCCUGGACAAGCUCAAGCAGCCGUCCGGGAAGAAGCAAGGCAACAGAACGGUGCCGUUUAGCGUGGAGCUCACUACAGAGUGUGGUGAAUGUGAUGAGGAUGGAAAGAGGAAGACUAGUGGCCUGACGGAGGUGACAUCAUCCACUGUCACUUCUCCAUACUCUGAGCCCUCCACCCCCCAGCCCCCCUCCACCCACCUUCCCUCCAACCAGCCCCAGGCCAGGCUCGAGGUCUCCAGUGACUACAUUACCUCAGCUGACGCCCCGGAGGUCGACCCCACACCAGAUCCUUACAUGACAGAUGAGCCCGGGACCUCCAGAAUCACCACAACCACCACCGCUGUCUCUAAGGUGAUCCGGGGUCGAAUACCCUGGGACAGGCUGUUUGGUGGCAGGGACAGGAAAAAGGAGAUACUGGACAGGUUACGCAAGCCAGUCAGACCAACGACCGCCACAGGGAGCUCAAGAACGGUCAAACCAACGGCCGCAACAACGACCACAUCCACAACCGAGCUUCCCACGGUCGAUGCCCUGUCCGAACCUGUGACCGCGGCUCCCCCAGGGAGAGGUGUGGGGAACCCAGAUGCCUCCUCUGGCGACGACUACGAAGACUCCUUCUCCUCGGACCCGGAGACUCUCCAUUCGACCACAUCCAAGCCUCCCUCUCACUGGAAGACCACGACUCCUUCAGCCAGCACCUCCCUGGAGACUCACACCAUCCCCUCCCCGCCCACCGCCCAGCCCCCCCCUGGAGAGGCCCCCGACGAGGCCUCCUCCUCUGGGUUGGAAUCAGAGGUGUCGGGGCGGUCCCCCUCGCGCCGGUUUGGGGGUAAUCGUAGACCCAAAGGAGGAGGGUCAGGGUGGACGAGGAGGGGAUUCAGGGGUAGGAGGCCUUUCAGGAAGUCCACCACAACCACUAAAGCUCCCACCAGCACAACAGAAGCUGCAACCACCAUGGAAACCACCAUGGAAACCACCAUGGUCACCACUAGAAUGCCUCAGCACACUGUCUCUUUGUCCAAGCCCCUGUACACGCCCUCCAGAGAGGCUGAGCGGUCAGCCGUGACCGUGUCCACUGACCCCUACUACGACAACUGGAGGGAGCCCUCAACCAGCCGACCACCAGCCUACACCAGACUCCCAACCACCUCUACUACGCCCCACCCCACCACCCCAUACAGGCCCUACACCACCACCAGAACGUACAGCAACACCAUCAGGGGGAACAGCAACGCCAGGCCACCCCCAGGCAGAGAGGGCGGCCGGCCCACACAGAGGACCCUGACCCAAAGACCCAGGCCCACCAUGUCCAUUAGACCAAGAGGACAAGAAGAAAAGACCCUGACCUUUGACACCCUGACGGUCCUGACAGCUGAGCAGGGCCACAGCAGCACCCAGGGACCCUACAGCAGGCAGGACAUAGACAACGCCAUCUCCAAGGCCUACAACCACAUCACUGGAUACGACACCACCACGUCUAACAUCGUGGGCUUCGAGCCUUCCACGGACAGCCUGCUCAGCAAGCCCAGGAUAGUGGGGGGCAACGCUGCCAGUUACACCGUCCUCUCCAACUCCAACGCCUUCCUGCCCUGUGAGACGACAGGCAACCCUGAGCCAUCCAUCAGCUGGAAGAGGUUCUCCUCAAGCACAGGGAGCACUAUAACAAUCACAGGGCGGAUGGGAAAGUUUGAAGUGUUCAAGAAUGGCACCCUGUCCAUCCAGAACGCCAACAUCAAGGACCGCGGUCAGUACCUGUGCUUGGCGGAGAACCCCCAGGGCUCCGCCAAGCUCCUGGUCAUGCUGUCGGUGGUGGCCUACCCCUCACGUAUCCUGGAUCCCCACUUGAGGGAGAUCCAGUCCCACUCGGGGGGGAAGGUGGAGAUGACGUGCAAGGCCGAGGGUCGGCCCUCUCCGCUGGUGUCCUGGAUCCUCGCUAACCGCACGCAGGUCAGAGGUCACCACUCUAACCAAGACCGGGUGUGGGUGACCCCUGACGGCACCCUGGUCAUCCAGCAUGUGACCGUCUACGAUCGGGGUCACUACAAGUGCAUCGCGAGCAACCCGGCAGGGGCAGACACGGCCACGGUCAGACUGCAGGUGGUGGCAGCGCCCCCUGGCAUCCUGGAGGACAAGCGGCAGCAGGUGAAGGCAGAGGCGGGCCAGGACCUGUGGCUGGCCUGCACCGGCCAGGGCAGCCCUCAGCCCACGGUGCACUGGGUGCUGUUUGACGGCUCUGUGGUCCGCCCCCGAAGGACAUCUCCUGACCCCAGGGUGUCUGUGUUCCUAAACGGGACCCUCCUAUUGGAGGACGUGGCGGUCACGGACGGCGGGACGUACGAGUGCAUCGCCACCAGCUCCACGGGCUCGGAACGUCGCGUGGUUACCCUGGCGAUAGAGGAGAGGGAGGCGGCGCCCCGUAUCGUGGAGGCGUCGCGGCGCAGGACGGAGCUGGAGUACGGAGACCAGCUGAGGAUGAACUGCUUGGCCAGCGGGGACCCCAAACCCUCCAUCAUCUGGAGACUGCCCUCCAAGGCUGUGGUGCAACAGAAGCACAGAAUGGGUAGCAGGAUCCAGGUCCUGGACAACGGCACCCUGAUCAUCAACACUGUCAACGACAAGGACUCCGGAGACUACCUGUGCGUGGCCCGCAACGCCAUGGGGGACGACUUCCAGCUGAUGAAGGUCUAUGUGGCCAUGAAGCCUGCCAGGAUCGAGCCCAAGGUGUACGGCAAGAAGCAGGUGCCGUAUGGGAACGACCUGAGGGUGGACUGCAAGGCUUCCGGAGCACCAGAGCCAGAGAUCUCCUGGGGGCUCCCCGACGGCACACUGGUCAACAGCGCCCUGCAGUCCGACAGCAGCGGGAGAGGAGGGCGCUCAAAGCGCUUCAUCCUGUUUGAUAACGGGACUCUCUACCUGAACCAGGUGGGCAUCUCGGAGGAGGGCGACUACACCUGCUACGCCGAGAACCGUCUGGGGAAGGACGAGAUGCUGGUCCACAUCACCGUGCUCACGGCCUCCCCGCGGAUACGCACACCCAUCAGGACCUACGCCAAGGUGGUGCCCGGGGACAACAUUCGCUUCGACUGCGAGGCGGCCGGCGAGCCCAAACCCAAGAUCCUGUGGAUGCUGCCGAACAACGACAUGAUCGCAGCCUCCAACGAGCGCUACCUCAUGCAUGUGAACGGCUCGCUGGACAUCAGAGACGUCAAGCCGGUGGACGCUGGCGAGUACGUGUGUAUGGCCCGCAACACAGCCGGGGACGACAGCAAGGUGUAUAAGCUGGACGUUGACGGAAACCCUCCGGUGAUUAACGGAUACUACCGGAACAGGACGGUGGUGAAGGACACCGCCGCCAAAUACUCCAGGAAGCUAAUCGACUGCAAAGCCGAGGGAGAGCCGCCUCCAAAGAUCACCUGGAUCAUGCCGGACAACAUCUUCCUCACGGCUCCCUACUAUGGCAGCAGGAUCGUCGUGCACCCCAAUGGGACGCUGGAGUUCCGGAACGUGCGUCCGACAGACACGGCGGAGUUCAUCUGCAUGGCGAGGAAUGAUGGUGGGGAGGCAGUGAUGGCAGUGCAGCUGGAGGUCACAACCUCGCUCAGACGGCCCAUCUUCAAGAACCCCUUCAACGAGCGCGUUGUGACCCGCACGGGGAAAGCCACCGUGCUCAACUGCUCCGCCGACGGACACCCUGCCCCGGAGAUCACCUGGCUGCUGCCCAACGGAAGCCGCUUCGCCCCCGGCCCCGAACGCGGCCCGCGGCAUCGUCAGGGCAACGACGGCACUUUCGUCAUCUACAACCCCAGCAAGGAGGAUGCUGGGAAGUAUCGUUGCUCCGCCAAGAACUCCAUGGGCUACAUUGAGAAGCUGAUUGUCCUGGAGGUGGGCCAGAAGCCGUACAUCCUCACCCGCCCCCGGGGAAUCAUCCGCAGCGUGUCCGGGGAUCCCCUCUUCCUGCACUGUCUGGCAGACGGCAGUCCCAGGCCCAGCAUCUUGUGGACGGUCCCAGGAGGCCACACUCUGGCCCGGCCGCAGGUCCAGGGCCGGCACCAGCUGAUGGAGAACGGCACCCUGGUGGUGAAGGACACCACCCUCCACGACCGGGGGAACUACGUCUGCCGAGCGAGGAACGAAGCCGGUGAGGCUGUCCUCACCGUCCCGGUCAUCAUCAUCGCCUACCCGCCCCGCAUCACCACGGGCCCUCCCCCCACCGUAAGGGGGGCGGUUGGGGUGCCUGUCCAGCUCAUCUGCGCCGCCAUUGGGAUUCCCAAGCCGGAGGUGUCCUGGGAGCUUCCUGAUCAGUCGGUGCUGUCGGCCGCGAGCCAGGGGCGUCCGCGGGGCAGCGAGCUGCUACACCCCCAGGGAACCCUCAUCAUCCAGAGGCCCACCCCCUCAGACUCCGGCACCUACAAGUGCCUGGCCAAGAAUCACCUGGGCUCAGACACACGGGUCACAUACCUGAGGGUGCUGUGAGAGACAGGCUGAGGAGGAGGGUGGAUACAAAGUAUGGAUCAUGCGUGUAGAUGAGGAGUGUGGAGAAAGGAGUGUGGAGAAAGGAGUAUGGAUAAUGAGUGUGGAUAUAUAGUGUGUAUAUAGAGUGUGGAUUAGGAGGGUGGAUAUAGAGUGUGGAUUAGGAGGGUGGAUAUAGAGUGUGGAUUAGGAGUGUGGAUACGCCAGUAUGGAUACGCCAGUAUAAAAACUAUGAACAGUCAAGAACCUGCUCCAGUGCUUAUCUUUCAGCGCCUCCUGUAUUAUACACUAUGUCACCAGAGUGAACUUGUUUUCCGUGUGUGGAUCUGUGAAGAUCAGAGCUUGUGGAACAGUUGGACUGGAUCGCUUCUACUCUCCCGGCGAACGAAAGGAAUGAACAAAGGCACGAGGGAAGAGGCGGAGGAGAAGCUGUACAGAGAAGGCCCUGUUCUCUGCCAGGAACUCUGGGAAGGAGAGAGGUGUUAUUCUUGUCAUAAGGUGGAAGUCAGGGGUCUGGAAAUCUCCGAGUGGUUUUCAUUUGGACUGUUUAUUAAGAGGAGGGCCGGACGGCCAAGUUACCUCGCGUUUUCUUCCAGACACUGCUGCAAACACGGAUGAAAUUACAGCCCACGAAGAAGUGAGAGGGAGAAAGAGAGGCGCUCUCUGGGGGAUUCCACCCCCACAGACUCGGCAUGUUUACGUCUCGUGACUCAAGGUUUUGUGACCGAAACCGCUGCAGUGAAACAGGGACAAUAGACACGUUCAUAGAAGGAGAAAGCAAUUUUUCUCUCCGUCAGAAAUCAAACUUUCCUUUACAUAUGAACAGAGCUUGAAUAGUAAAAGACACAAUAUAAAUAUUAGCAUCAAUUUUACACUGGACCAGUAUGCAGUGUCUUCACAUUUCUUUAUUUGGUUUUUCUGCAAUGAACUCUGUCUGGUAAUUGCUUUUUUUCUUUCUUCACCAUGAUAAACUGAAUGUCCUGCCUUUCUCUUGGUAUGUAUUCUCACUGGCAUGGGUGUUCAUUUGACACUGUUCAUGUUCAGACUUCAUACAACUACUCAGUAUCCCCUUCAUUUAAUAAUAUAUUUUGUAGAAAAUAUUUACUUUACGGAAAUGUAUAUAUGCAAUUUGUGAUACCCAGGAAAAUAAAUUAAACACA